GUUUCCUUUAAUAUUACUAAAUUAAAGCUAUUUUCCAAAAAUGUGAUCAUAUUUACAUUUGGACAAAAAUGGGACUAAAAUAAAAUGAUAGCUAAAAAUUAAUGUCACUACGAAAUUUUCAUGUCACUUUCGGAUGUCACUGCCGUCAUGUCACCAUCUCCGCCAUCGCUCGUGUCACCACUGCCACCAUGGCAUGUGCCAUCGCCGCCGUCACUUCUGCCAGUCACCGCCGCCGGCAACAGUGACACUGCCACAGUGACACCCGAAGCUGUGAAACAUGCCACUAUGAUCGUGACAAAAUUUUCCGACGACCUUUUCUGGUGCACAGUGAUCUGUUUAUGCUUUGGCCACCACCCUCCCGUCACUGCCUACCCCACCUCUGUUUUAUCCCUGCCCCACCAACCCCGCCUCUACCUUUCAGCCCCGCCCCAAGGCUAGCUACCCAAAGCCUACUAGCCUCUCCCCUGCCUUGCCGACAACCGUCAGCGCCACCUCAGCCUCAAUCCCUCUUUGCAAUUCACUUUCGCUCCAACAUUGCACCCUGCCCCCAUCUUCAGAUCUAGGGUUUCAUGGUGAUUUGGGGGUUCAAUUUUGCAAUUCGAAACCAUAGCAGUCAUGGACGAUGAUGCCGGCCACGUACGAUGGAGCAGAUGUGAAGAAGUAAGAUGAAGUGGUGCAAUGAGAGAAUGAUCGACUUCAUUGUUGCAGCAGAGGAGGUAUGCGCAGUUUGUCGGCAAAGCUCGUCACCACUUGAGAAGCUCGCUGCCAUGGCGACGACCUAAGGAGAUGGUUGCUCGUGGAGACGGAAAUGUGGUCGAUGGUCUUUGGAGUGCAGAAGGCCAGGAAAAACAGAAGCAUAGAGCUUGCAACGUCUAAGAAACUCUUUAAGUGACUGUUUGAUUUAGUUCGGUUUGAUAUACAAGCUGUUAGGACUGAUUAAUACUAAAAGUCACAGGCUUUUUUCAGAUGCUACUCCCUGUAGCAUCUCAAAAAAGAUCUUUUAAUUUUUGAAAAGAUCUUAAUAAUUGUCAUGUCAAACAUAUAACUAGAAGCUUUUAGAGACUUUUUGAACAUUACAAAAUCUAGAAGGUAGAGACUUAUGUCUGCCAAAC